AUGAGGAACGGAGAACGGGAAAGCAGCUACACGGCAUAUCUGAAGGGGAUUGAGUCCUCUCGUAGCUCACUGUUAAUUCUAAGAUAUUGUGAAGUGGACAUGAUCCUCAUAAACAUGGGAAAUGUUGCAUACGGAGUGAGGUACAAAAGACAUGGAAUUCCACAAAUUGCCCAUGUCACUAAAGAAAUUAUAGUCAGCUCUGGAGUCAUCUCUUCCCCGCUCCUUCUGAUGAAGUCAGGAAUCGGGCCCAGAACGCAGCUCACCAAGGGCGGCAUUCCUACAAAAGUCGACUCUAUCGGCGUGGGACAGAAUCUUCAUAAUCACGGCGGAGUUACGCUGCUCUUCAGUGUGAAUAAUCCUAAACUCGAACUUCUUCCCAAAGUUGAGAAACGUGCUUUUGAGGAAGAUUUGGGGAGAUAUCACGAUUCUAUUUGGAGGCACGGGUUCUUUGCAAGGGUCGACUUUGGUCCACAAGCCUUCAUCGUUUCGGGAAGAGCAAAAGGCGAAGGAGAAGCAAACCAUCCCGAUCUUCAAAUAAUUUAUAGACUGAAACCUCUUCUGGGAGAUGGACAACUUGAAAUCCAGCUUCAUGUGAUUAUUACACGAAUGAAGUCUGUGGGAUCGGUCGGCUUUAAUUCCACCUCACAUUUUGAAGGAGAAGAGGACGACACUAAAUUGGCAAUCAUCGAUGACAAACUCUUCACAGACUCGACAGAUGUGGACGUCUUGAUUGAAGGAAUAAAGCUGGCCAUCAAAAUCAUGGAGGAGACGACGCCAUUUCAGGCCAUGAAACUGAGCUACAACGAAAAUCCACCUGAACUCUGUAAAUCACUACCACCUCGUUCUGACGAGGCGCAUGGCGGGGACAUGCAAAAUGGGAAAAGAGCUGGACCCCAUGGCUGUUUUGGAUUCGAAACUGAGGUUCCCUUUUUCACAUCUUAUACCAACAAACAAAGAACUACUUUGCUAACUGCCCAGAAAAUUUACAGGGUUAAGGGUGUCAAGAAACUGAGAGUGGUCGACGCCUCCGCCCUACCACGAACACCAAACUCUGGAAUAUUUGCUGCCACGUUAAUGUUAGCGGAAAAGACGGUGCAGGAAAUUUUCAAAGAACACGUCUCAGAAAUGACACCUCCAGCAGUCAUCCCACAACCCCAACAACUGGAGCCAUCGCUUUAA